AUGACUACCUUGCCCACUCCCUCUCUGGUCGAGCAAGCAAACGCUAUCCUGCAAGCCGCAACCCAGCUUCAGCAGCAGCUCGAUGAUCAUGGCCUGCAACAGCCCUCCCUCGAAGUCGGAGGCCGCAAGGACUGGCACGACGCAGCUGGUAUCCCGGAAAUCCUCAAGACGAGAUCGCUUCUCAUGAACGCAAGUCAAGCAAUGCUGAGCCUUGCAUACGGUCCGGUAGACGCCAUGAGCGCUCUCACCGGGCCAGAGGUGUGCAAGCUCGAGGUGAUGCGGACACUGGAUGCCCUCGGCGUGCCCCAGGCGGUGCCCUUGCGCGCAGACAUACGCGUGGAAGAGCUGGCAGCCACGCUCGGAGUCAACGAGUCGCUCUUGUACCGACAUCUCCAGUUUGCGUUCUUACUCGGCAUGUUCUACGAGCCCAGAGAGGGUUUCGUCGCCCAUACCAAUCUUUCCACAGCUUUGGUGGACUUCUCUCCUUACAUCAAGAUGAGGUUAUCUCCGCUAUUCAUCAAAGGGGUAGACAAGGUCCCCGAGGCCCUCAAGCUGUCCAGAACGGAAUCUGGUAUUGUGCCUUGUGAGCUUGCCGAUUCUCGCCAUCGGAACAUGUGGCAGAUGCUGGAGGAGGACUACCCGGAAGGCCAGGGCAUGAAGCUCUUCAGCGCAGCCAUGGAAACCACUCUGUUGUAUUCCAUGGGGCCCACGUUGAGUCCAUAUGUCCACGGAUUCGAAUGGGGGUCUUUUGGUACGGGCACGGUCAUCGACGUAGGCGGAGGGAGCGGCCUUGUCGAGGUCAACCUGGUGAAGAAAUUCCCCGAUCUUGACUUCGUCAUCCAAGACCUACCAACGAACGCUGAGCCCGCUCAAACCUUGAUCGCCCAGCACGAAGCACAGGAUCGAAUCAGGUUCCAGGCGCACGAUUUCUUUCAGCCUCAACCCCCUCAACGAACACUACCAAAGGCGUACCUGCUCAGUCGAGUCUUGCACGACUGGCAGGAUGAUGACUGCAUCAAGAUUCUUAGGAACCUGCUCCCUGCAAUGGAAACUCACGGAACCAAGCUCUUGGUUUGCGAGCGCAUGCUCCCUGAUCGAGCAGGCGAGAUCUUCAAUCACAUUGAGCAGCUACUAAGAACACGGGACAUGAUCAUGUUCACGCUAUACGGAGGCGGAGAAAGGAGGCUGAGGGACUGGGUGGAGCUUUUCAGGAAAGCAGAUGCAAGGCUGACAGUGGAGAGUGUUAAGCAACCGUUAAACUCGGUUGCUUCUUUCUUGACCUUGGGCAUCAGGACGGACCAGUAG